AGAUAUUUUUCUAGAGUUCAGAAUGACCAUGAAGACACUCAUCCUGGUACUGAGCAAUGUGGUCCUCAUCCAUUCCAAUACUCCAAAAUGCUGCAAUGGUAAUAAUUUGGCACUAUCAACAAGAAAAUGCUCAAAUGGUGAACCUCUACACGUCGGCCAUUGUAAUAAUACCUACCUCAUAGAAACUGAUGACAACUCAACGAUAACACUAGUGGAUCCGAAAAAUAACUUGGUGAUAGAUUCAGACUAUGAAGAAGCCAUUCCCGAACAUGACUUCUGUUUGACAACUCUUCAAAAAGACCAUAGAGAAGUAUACAUCGUUUGCUACGAUGUAACAGAUUCAGAUAUUCCGAAUGUUACAAUGACAGUGAAUACAGUUUUCCAACUAAUUUCGGUGUUUUUCAUUAUAGUGACUGUUGCAGUAUAUUUAACUAUUCCUUCACUUCUAGAUUUGCAGGGAAUCAACAUCAUUCAUUCCAUAUCUGGGUUAGCAUUUGCAUUCAUCAUUUUAUCAGCUCUGAAUUUCUCAGGUGGAGAAAUAAAUAAUCCUGUGGUUUGUCAUAUGCUAGCCUAUUUUCUCUAUGCCUCUUUCAUGUAUGCUUUCUUCUGGUUAAAUAUCAUCAGUUUCCACAUAUGGAGACAAGUCGUAAAUCCAAAAAUCUUUGCGAAAUUCAAAAGUUGGAAACUCGUGUAUUAUUGUUAUGGACUAGGGGGUCCGAUAUUUCUGCUGAUUUUUCUCUUAUCUGUCCACCACUCCGACUCCCCACAUUUGAAACAUAUUCAUCCUGGCAUAGGCCAGGUUAGUUGUUGGUUCAAAACAACAAGAGAGACGUCGAUAUAUUUAUACGGACCCAUAGCUGUACUGUUGGCAUUCAAUGUUGUAUUUUUUGCAUGGACAGCACUGGUGCUUUGGAGGCAAGCAGUUGAUCCUCCCAAUAGCAGCAGAGUACUCAAAUACAGGGUCCGACUGUACGUCAAACUCUUUUUUGUUAUGGGACUAAGUUGGAUUUUCGAAGUUGUCCAAGGAUUGAUGGUUUCUAAGGAGAGGUGGUAUUGGGUGAUAAUAGAUUUGAUAAACUCCCUAGAAGGUGUUAUAAUUUUUCUGAUACUUGUCGUCUUCCGAAAAAAAGUGAUCAGACACCUAGCAAAUAGACAGAGUUUCGCAAAAUUCAACUUUCCAACCAAGUGGCAACAGGUACACGACAGCGAGUGUGAAGAAUUAGAACAGGAAGGGGUGAACUUAGGAGCAGAAAAUCUUCACAAAAAGGAAAUAAUAAUAUUGGCGAAUUAA